AUGAGUGACGCCAAGUACCGAGAAAUACCUGAAGAUGAUGAGUCCGGGGCCUUGUUAGCCCAGACUGAGACGGAAAGUCAUCGUCACCCAGGUCGACCCCGUUUGUCAAGGCACCUGCUCUAUGUUUAUCUGGGUAUUAGCAUUUUCAUCAACCUCCUCGGGCUAUUGUAUGCCAUCCGACACUCCAAAGAUAUCAUUAUUCCGAAUCCCCUUUUUUCACCAGCAAACAAGCUCAUUAAGUACAAAAACGUGAAAUUCGAAAGCGGCUUCGCAAAGAAGACCCAAUAUAUGGGUCCUCCCAGUGAGGCUUAUGAUGAAGCCUGGGAGGACCUGUACAACUACGGUAUUAUCAAGAUUCCCCAAUCUGAAGCAGCCCAGCUAGUCAACUACACCAUGCCACUGGCCUCCGAGCCAGGAAUAUACGACCCUCCCCCCACCCCGCCCCGGGUCCCUGCAACACGUCGAGUAGCCAGUGAAACUAAUGUUCCAUUUUCACAGCAUCAUCUCCACAAGAAGGCCUGGGGUCACGACAUGGGCGUUAAUAUGAGCGAUCCUCAGGAGGUAGAGGACUUUUGGACACAUCUGGAUCAUUGUUCCGAUUCAAUACGCCAGAAUCUGAUGUGCUCCUCUGAUUUAUCAACUAUCCAUUGGCUGUGGGCGGAAAAAGACCAGACAUGGGAAGCAGACGGCCGUGUGAUGCACACCUGUCGCGACUUCGAGGCGAUCCGGGACUGGGCGUUUGAGAACAGGGCAGGGAUGAUAGACCGUACGGUGUGGGUGCCAGAUCCCUUGCGUGGGGAGAUCUAG